CGGGGGAAGGGGAGAGGAGGAAGAGCGAAAGGAAAGGAGAACGGAGAGGAGAGGAGGGAGAGCUGGCGGCAGAAAGAUGUUUUGUCUUGCAUUCGUCUUGUUUGUUUGCAAAAGCUGGUGGCUGAAGAAUGUUUUGUCUGCAUUCGUCUGUUUGUUUGUGUUCUUUCCGAAUUUCACUUUGCAGUAAAGUGCCUAUCACAAGCAUGGGUGAAAUUCCAAGAUGUGUGCAGAGCUGUUUGGAAGCUUCCCCUUAGUGUCCCCCUGUUUGUGCGCAGUGCUAUUGCCCAGCCAUUUUAAUCAAUGUGUUUUUCCUCAGUGCUGUGUGACAGCGCAAGCGGUAUCUCGCUGGACUGGUACAUUGCUGUCUGGCUGAUCUCACUCCGUAAUGAGAGGCUGGAUGUUUGUCUCAUUUCUGUUCCCUGCGGGUGAUGGUGCAGUACAGAUUCAUGUUGACCGCCAUUCACUUUAAAAUUAGUCUUGUGUCUGUUUUCUUUCUGUGAAAUUAGUCAUGCUCCAUUUUUGUAUUUAGUAUAAAGACCGUGGUCUAAAAUCUUGUUUUUUUUCUUGUCAUCUUCUCUGCCUUUUUUGGCGGUAAGCUAAACGCCCGGCCCUGUUUGUUACAAACUUUAUGCUGUGUAACAGUCACUCGGUCUGUUGCCAGUUUUGAUAAUGGCUCGCCACAAACUUGGGCCUCGCUGAAAUUGCCACAGGUUUGCAAAAUGGAGAAGUGGUCCCCUGUAGAAAUUAUGGUGUUGAUUAUACGCUGGUGGAAACGCGCUUGACUAGCUGAGAAAGUUAAGCGUUUAAAAAAAAAAAAAGAAAGAAACGGUCGGAUGUGAGUUGUCACGCUGCCUGAAAGCACGGCAGCCAGAGGAGACGAUGUGUCUGUGAGCUCGCGUGGCUAAAUUUGUCCCUGGCAGUUUGCAUGCAGAUCUGCAGCAGGGUGCAAUUAGGCAGCUUCCUGUCUGGGCCCAGGAUGCCGCUCUGCUUCACAGAGUCUCUGAGCACCUGCACGGUUCUCCGCUCAGAACAGCGGAGCGCGGUCAUCAGGGUCAACCGGGUCAGCGCAGUCAACAGGGUCAGCGCAGUCGACCGGGUCAGCGCAGUCAACAGGGUCAGCGCAGUCGACCGGGUCAGCACCGUCCCCACGGUCAACGCAAGCUUGAACUCAUUGAACGGAGGAGUUCAGGCUUGAAAUGCGACGCUGGGUUUUCUUCAAAAAGUAGUCUCCGCAGGUGCCUGUCCUGAAGGUGUGCUCGGUCUGCACUCGUCCCUCCCCUCUGUUCUGAUGGUACCAGCUCACCUGUGACUCCUGCCUGAGGACCCCCUGCUGCCCCAUCACCUCCACAAUGUCGGGGAUGCAGACAACAUGGCCGCCCGGCGCCGAGUGCGUGGCCAAGUACAACUUCCCAGGCACCACAGAGCAGGACCUGCCCUUCUCCAAAGGAGACGUCUUAACCAUCAUCGGAGUCACUAAGGACCCAAACUGGUACAAAGCCAAAAACACAGCGGGGAGAGAGGGCACCAUCCCCGCCAACUACGUCCAGAAGAGGGAAGGGGUGAAGUCCGGGGGCAAACUCAGCCUCAUGCCCUGGUUCCAUGGGAAGAUCACUCGGGAGCAGGCAGAGAGGCUCCUGAUCCCCCCGGAGGUGGGCCUGUUCCUGGUGCGCGAGAGCACCAACUACCCUGGGGACUACACCCUGUGCGUCAGCUGCGAGGGCAAGGUGGAGCACUACCGCAUCAUCUACCACGAUGGCAAGCUCACCAUCGACGAGGAGGAGUUCUUCGAGAACCUCAUGCAGCUCGUGGAGCAUUACACCAAAGACGCCGACGGCCUCUGUACCAAACUCAUCAAGCCAAAACUGAUGGAAGGAACGGUCGCCGCCCAGGACGAGUUCUCGAGGAGUGGCUGGGCCCUUAAUCGAAAGGAACUCAAGCUCCACCAGACCAUCGGGAAAGGGGAAUUCGGAGACGUGAUGGUGGGAGAUUACCGCGGGACCAAGGUGGCGGUGAAGUGCAUCAAACAAGAUGCCACAGCACAGGCCUUCAUCGCUGAGGCCUCCGUCAUGACGCAACUGAGACACAACAACCUGGUGCAGCUGCUGGGGGUGAUCGUGGAGGAGAGGAGCAGCCUGUACAUCGUCACUGAGUACAUGGCCAAGGGAAGCCUGGUGGACUACCUGCGGUCGCGAGGGCGGACCGUUCUGGGCGGGGACUGCCUGCUCAAAUUCUCACUAGAUGUCUGUGAGGCCAUGGAGUACCUGGAAGCCAACAACUUCGUCCACAGAGACCUGGCGGCCCGUAAUGUCCUGGUGUCUGAGGACAACAUCGCCAAGGUCAGCGACUUCGGCCUGACGAAAGAGGCCUCCUCCACACAGGACACGGCCAAGCUGCCCGUCAAGUGGACCUCCCCCGAGGCCCUGAGGGAGAAGAAGUUCUCCACCAAAUCAGACGUGUGGAGCUAUGGCAUCCUGCUGUGGGAGAUCUACUCCUUCGGACGCGUUCCGUACCCCAGAAUACCCCUGAAGGACGUGGUCCCGCGGGUGGAGAAGGGCUAUAAGAUGGAGGCCCCUGACGGCUGCCCCCCGGUGGUGUAUGACGUGAUGAAGCAGUGCUGGACCCUGGACGCCUCGGUGCGGCCCUGCUUCCGCCUGCUGAGGGAGAAGCUCCAGCACAUCCGAACCAAGGAGCUGUACCUGUGAGCGCCACCCUGGACCUGCUGCCUGCUCUGUGGGGACCUUUCUCACAGAGACGCCUACCGACGCCAUGUAUAGCCUCCCCCCCCCCCCCCCCUCUCUCUUUUCCCCCUCUCUCUGUCUCUCUCU